AUGCCACCUACUCUGCAGGAAUUGGCAAAUCUAUGGAAUUACACCGGUCCCGAAUGGAACUGGACAGACUCAGACUGGGAUUACAUCCAUGGCGAGCCCAUCGGCAUAUGGGAGUCAUUGGUCGAUCAUUUUCUUGACCAUCUUCGGUCACAGAGAUAUCUGAUUCAGACAGACCUACUUCUCUACCCAGUCCUGGUCUACUUUCUCAAUUUGGCCUGCCUCGCUAUCGCCUUUAACUCCAACGGCCGAUAUCGUACCGCAUUCGUCGGUACGUCUCUCGCUAUUGCAGCCGCUAUCAUUAAGCAGAUUUCAGUUCUUCCUGUUUUUUACGCUGUCAAAAUUACAAUUGUUCAGGUACUCGUUAUCCAGAACAUUGGCGCAGCUGUCAUGAUGCUGUGGGAGAACAUCGCUGUCACAGAGGAGCAAAAGAAGCUUCCUUGGGGAAAACGCAUCCUCGCUACCUACAAGCUCAUGUGGAACGCACGAUUUGUCAACACUGCUCGUCCAGCUCCUGUCCUCCACUUGAUCAAGGCAGAGGAAGAGCGCAAGAGACAACUCUCAGAAGCAACCAAUACAGCCACGAUCGGCGAGACAGCCACCAAGGAAGCCACCAUUGAUAAUAAAGACUUGUAUAAGACUUUGACUAUGACAAGCAACAACAAAAGCGUGAUCGACCGGAUCAAUCGUUCCCGGGACUUGGUACUUCAAGUCAGCUAUCCCGCCUGGAACAUAGUCAGCCAGCCUUUGGCUCGCUCCUGGACCUCAUUGAGUCCAAGAAGUCGCUGGAUUAUGAUUACCAUAACCAAAAUCACUCUCGUCUUCAUCUUGGAGCAUGUCAAAGAGUACCUUUGGGACACGUACGCCUGGUUUUCCCACGAUGAUAUUGCCCUCUACAAACGUUCCUAUUUCCGUCGUCUCAUUCGAAAUGAGACCGACUUACGCGAGGUCGUUAUCCGCUGUUACUUCGCCUUCGAGGGCCUUUGGGGCGCCUUCUACUGGUACACCUUCAUACAUUCUACCGUCGCCCUCUUCUUCGUAGCGCUUCACAUCGAUGGACCUGAAGAGUGGCCUCCAGUUUUCGGCGAUAUCCGCGAAGGCUGGAACCUCCGCCGCUUCUGGAGCAAAUUCUUCGACCGACUCAUCUAUCGCACCACCAACGGCCUGGGCGAGAUGAUCCUGACUACACUUGGCUUAGGUCAGCGACCUUUCCGGGGAAAUAAGCGCUGGGUUCUGAAUGGACUCAUCUUCUUCCUCAGUGGUAUCUUCCAUGCUGGCACCGAGUAUAUCUGUGGAAUCAAGUGUCACGUUGGUGUGGAGAUCUGGUGGUGGAUGUUGAAUUACAGCACGAUGAUCAUGGAAACGGCCUUCCUCUAUGGUCUUCGGACUUACUUCCCUCGAUUCUACUACAAGAUGAGUGGAAGAGUUGGCAAGGCGAUCGGAUACCUGUGGCUGUUUGCGUUCCAGUUCUAUGCCAGUCCGAAGAACCAGUACACCGCAUUGAACUGCCUGCCGCAGUUCUAG